GUAGUCCUCUUUGUUCGACACAUCUUUUCUCUAUUGUCUCGGCAUCGGUAAUGCCUGGUUAUAGAGCUAGUAUUUGGAGCACGAUGGAGAAACUCGCAAUCUUUCAUUGCGGGUAGACGAUUACUGGUGAAUAACAGCCAAUAGAAGGAUAACAUCCUACAUGAAAUUGCUCUGUAUCUUAACUUUUCGCCCGACAACGAUGGCCAUGAUAAUCGUAUGUGACGAAAGUUGGUGCUGUAUAAUUCAGGAGGCAAGUAUGACUUGCGCGAGAAGAUGGACUGACCUAUUGGAUGCUAUUGAACAAGCCCUAACUGAGACUGCACCGAGUGACGAACAAAGACAGGUGGAAGGAAUUGCUAUCAUCAACGCACUCAGUAAUGGACAUCUGAUAUUUUGAA